CCAAUCACAGGCUAAGGGCAGAUCCAUGACAACCUGAGCUCAGAGGACGAGGGAUGUAUUGGUACACCUGUGCAAGACUGAAGGGGAGGAGCCCGUACACCUGUGCAAGACUGAAGAGGGAGGAGCCGGCACACCUGUGCAAGACUGAAGGGGAGGAGCCGGCACACCUGUGCAAGACUGAAGGGGAGGAGCCGGUACACCUGUGCAAGACUGAAGGGGAGGAGCCCGUACACCUGUGCAAGACUGAAAGGGAGAGCCGGCACACCUGUGCAAGACUGAAGGGGAGGAGCCGUACACCUGUGCAAGACUGAAGGGGAGGAGCCGGUACACCUGUGCAAGACUGAAGGGGAGGAGCCCGUACACCUGUGCAAGACUAAAGGG